AUGGACGCGAAGCCGCAACGACCGCUCGCGCGUGCGAUACGCGUACACGACGAGAACAUGCCGCCGCCAACAAAUGGACCCAUAGGAAAGACACUGCACCAGAGGACGAAGUCGACAUCGGCAUUAGGAGGCGUCGCACUCAACCAGAAGAAGGUACUCGGCGAGACCAAUGCAAACCUCAGAGUGAUACCCAAAGACGAUUCGGAGAUAGGCAAGGCGUCACCCGGCAAGAUCAAGAUCCACGCGGAGCCAGCUGCACCGGCGCAGACAUUCCAGCGUCAAGCAGUCCGACCGCUUGCUACGAAGAGCUCCAGUAUGCAGAUUGCAGGUGCAGUCGCUGCCACCAGACAAGCUGCUGCGGCAGCACCCGAAGUCCAGCAACCCAAGAAGGUAGUGCCGAAGAAGAGCAAAGUGUUGAGAGACCCCGUGCCUGCAGCAGUACAGCUAGAGGCGCCUGCCAAGGUCAACAACGUCCCGGUGCAACCAUCAGAUAUCGUCAACAUCACCGCACAUCCUCAGCCGGCGCUGGCAACAGAACAAAGCACAAAUAAUUUCAUCCUCCAGCGUGAUGAAGUCCGCCGCACAGAAAGCGUCCCACUUCGAGACGAAGCUGGCCCAAAGCUGCCGGUCCAGCCCGUUGGUGCAGUGUCCUCGAUACCAGCAGUUGUCUCCGCCGCACCUCAAGAACACGCCCAUCAGCAACCGAUCGACGUCCUUCCCGCUCACAAUGGCCCAGCGUUCCAGGUUGCAACACCACCCGAAGAGUUCAUCGAAGAAGAUUUCGACGAUCAGGACCAAGAUUAUAUGACUGCACAGUCUUUCGACAUGCGAGAUGCCACCGAGACGACCAUCUUCAACCCUGCUCAGACAAAGAAGAACAAGCAGGAGAUCGCGGAAGCCAGGGAAUGGGUGGAGGCGAACCGAACGCCCGACGACAUCGAGGAUGAGCAGUGGGACACAUCGAUGGUGGCUGAGUAUGGCGAAGAGAUUUUCGACUACAUGCGGGAGAUGGAGAGUCGAAUGGCGCCAAACCCAUACUACAUGGACCAGCAAACUGAGAUCCAGUGGUCGAUGCGAGGCGUCCUGAUGGACUGGGUCGUGCAGGUACACCAGCGCUUUAACCUCUUGCCGGAAACCCUCUUUCUCACCGUCAACUACAUCGACCGGUUCUUGUCCUGCAAGAUUGUAUCCCUGGGCAAGCUGCAAUUGGUUGGUGCCACAGCCAUCUUUGUUGCCGCCAAGUACGAGGAAGUCAACUGCCCCACCAUCAACGAGAUCAUCUACAUGGUCGACAAUGGCUACACCGCAGAAGAGCUUCUCAAGGCAGAGCGCUUCAUGCUCAGCAUGCUGCAGUUCGAGCUGGGCUGGCCGGGUCCAAUGAGCUUCCUUCGACGCAUCAGCAAGGCAGACGAUUACGACCUGGAGACCCGUACUCUCGCCAAGUACUUCCUCGAGGUCACCAUCAUGGACGAGCGCUUCGUGGGCUGCAAACCAAGCUUCCUCGCUGCAGGUGCCCAUUGCAUGGCACGAUUGAUGCUGCGAAAGGGCGACUGGACCAAGGCUCACGUCUUUUACUCCGACUACACUUUCCGUCAACUACAUCGCCUACUGGGUGCCAUAUACGAGUGCUGCUCGAAUCCACAGAAGCAUCACGCUGCUGUCUUCGAGAAGUACUCCGACAAGCGGUACAAGCGAGCAUCCACUUUCGUCGGUGGCGAGGUCAUGAGAGGCUUUCAGCUGCCUUUCAGCUACCGCUCCAGUAUGGGCGUACAGAAUACUACCGGCACCUGGAUCCCUCAGUGA